ACAGUCUUGGUAUAUGUGUUUCAGGUCAGAGGACUCUCAAAAUGUAUCAGGUGUAAGGACCCACGUUAUGGCGACACAAGAUCCAGAUGCAUUAAGAUGGACACAGCAAACGGUUGAUAGUGUGCGUCAAGGUGGAUAACGGAGAAAUCGGGAAACGAAAAACAAUCCAACAAUUGUGGAGGCGGCUUUAUUCCCUGGGAUUACCGGGGAGAUUAACAGGGGCACAGGGUUUAGAUAUAUGGUCAAACGAGGGAAGACGUCUGAAAGAAGGAGUGACACGAUAGGGCUAUGCACGCUUAAGGCAAUGAUAUAAUUCGCAGGCAGUGGGUAUAUUCCAUAAUCUCCCCACCAUCCUCCAUGGCGCUUAGAGUAUCAGAUCUCACAGAGCCGCUGAAAAGGCUAAAAAGUCAGAGGCUGUAGAGCAGUUUGAUCCCUCGGUUUAUUUUGCGAUGUCAGCUUUCGGCAUCAGUCUACAAUCCGUUUCGUCCGUUGCGGCCGAGAUUUCAGCACCAGCUGAGUUGGACAGCGCCUGCGCGGACUGCGACUCGCAAACUCCUCCAGCCUCACGAGAAGACUUCACUCAUCUGCAUCAGUCACUCCUUCACAACGGCCCCGGAGGCCUCGGCACGGUUCUGGAGGAAGAACUGGCCAUGCUUACACGGGAACGGGAAGAAGAUUUGGUCAUAAACGAGCAGGAUGCCGAUAUUUUAGCACUCUUCCGGCAGAAAGAGAAGGACUUGGUUCUGGCUGCAAAACUCGGGAAAGCGCUGCUCGAGAGAAACCAGGACCUCACGAAGCAAUAUGAAAAAAUGACCAAGGACCUGAACGAGAAGCUAGAGAAUCUGGAGCAGGAGAAGCAUGAGCUGCGGCGACGCUUGGAGAGACGAGAAGGCGAGUGGGAGGGUCGUGUGGCUGAGCUGGAGACUGAUGUGCAGCAGCUCAAGGGUGAGCUGGAGAAGCACAAGGUACAGCUGCGUGAGGCUGAUCGGGACAAGACCCGCACCAUCACCGAACUCUCAGAACAAAACCACAGUCUGCUCGAGCAGCUCAGCAGAGCUGCUGAUGUGGAGAGACGGCUGUGCACUCAGGUACAUUCAUUGAGGGAUGAUUUCAGAGAGAAGGACAUCUCCAAAAAACAGCACAUGACACAACUAGAGAGCCUACAAGUAGAGCAAGGGCUAGAAAUAAAGAUGCUGUCUGAGCGAAAGCAGGAACUUGAGCGAUGUUUAACCAAAUUGCAUGAGGAGAAUGAGCAGCUGCAGAGCACUGUGGACAACUUGAAAGAGCGAACAUUUGUUUUGGAGAAGCUAUGCCACGAGAAGGACUUGCAGCUGCGGCAGAAUCAACUGGAGCUGCAGGAGGUGCGUGUGUCUCAUCGGCAGUUAAGUGCCCAUUUGGCGGAGAUGACUGAGGAGAGAAGUCUUCAGGGCUUCAGCUCUAACAGUCACUCACUGCUGAGUGAGAUAGAGCAAAGCAUGGAGCAGGAGGAGCUCGAGCAGGAGAGGGAGCAGUUGCGUCUGCAGCUAUGGGAAGCUUACUGCCAGAUUCGCUCUAUCUGCUCCCAGCUGAGAGGAAAUGACAUCACAGACUCUGCCCUGUCCACGGACUCAUCCAUGGAUGAGUCAUCAGAAACAUCAUCAGCUAAAGACGUGCCUAUGGGCAGCCUGCAGUCCAGUCUACUUGAGCUUCGCAGACUCACACAAAACGUGCUGGAUGGCAACGAGUCUACAGGAUCACGCCGCAGUGAUGAGGAUGUGCUAGAAGAGCAGGUGCGGAAACUUGUUGAGGAACUGCGAGAAGCGCGAGAGCUUUACGAAAAGGAGCAGGAAAGGGUACGGAGCACUCAGGAAGACAUGCUGCAACUACAUAAUCAGAUUGCACUUCUCUCCUUAGAAGUGUGCUCAACACGGGAGGAGAACGAGAGGCUAAGAGUGUCAGAGGUUCGAGAGCCAAGUGAACAACUACAAAAUGCCAUCCGAGACCGAGAUGAUGCCAUUGCCAAAAAGAAAGCAGUGGAGAUGGAGCUGGCGAAGUGUAAGGUAGACAUUAUGUCUUUGAACAGCCAGCUUCUUGAUGCUAUCCAGCAGAAGUUUAAUCUGUCCCAGCAGUUAGAAGCCUGGCAGGAUGAUAUUCUCAGAGUGAUAGAUCAGCAGUUGAUAGAUAAGCAUCAGGGGGAAUUGCUGGAAUCUCCAAACUCUUUCUCUGGGGCUAAGCCUCGUACGUACGGCUCCUCGGGAGCUUCUUCCAGGCGAGCAUCCCACCUCUCCGAUGGUGAUAAGCGCCUUUUCUCGUUUUUCAAGAAGAACUGAAUCUGUCUAGGUGAAAAGAGGAAGAAAGAUGAAGAUAGACGCUGAGAGUGUAAAGGAAAGCAGUGGCAUACCAUGAUCGACACAGCCAAAGACAGUAAAAUUAAUAAUCAGUAAAGAACAAAAACUUGGAGCUAUUUUUGCACUUUAGCUGUCCUAAGCACUCCUCUCCUUCAGAUAAUUCUAGAUGAGGCACAAGAGAGUCAGUAGAAAUUCAUCUGCUAAAUGAAUAAAUGUAAAUUCAAGAAACUUGCAUAGAGAAUAAGACAUUAUAUAUUUUACAGCUUCAGGGUGAUAUGUGCAGGAUUACCACUUUUAAAUAAUUUUGAGGCCAACUUCCCAUCCUAGUGCCUCAGAUAUUCUCCUCACCCCACUGCCAAGGGUUUCAAAGGAAAUGUCAGAUUUAGCUCUGUCAAACUGAAGGAUUCUUUUGGCCUUUAACUCAGGAUGAGCUAAACUCUGCAGGGUUCUCACUGAUUCAAAGUCAGGCUGCAGGUUGUAGUUUGUGAAU